AUGAAAAAAUAUAAAUUUCUUUUAAAAAGAUAUUUAAGUAAUUUUUAUGAUUUUCGUAAUAUUUCAUAUAAUAAUUUUAAUAGAAAUGGAAUAACAAAUAAAUUUCUUUUAAAAAGAUAUUUUAGUAAUUUUGAUGUUUUUGAUAAGAUCAAAGAUGUUAAUAAUUCAAAUAACAAUGAAGUAACAAGUGAAUUAAAAAGAAAACCUUCUAAAAAAGUUGUAAAACUAGUUGAUGAAAUCUUAAAUUUAACAUUAAUAGAAGCAGCUGAUUUAUGUGAUUUAUGCCAAGAAAAAUUAGAAGGAAACAAAAGUUUUAAUAACUCUCUUUUUAUGAAUAGAAAUCCAUUUCCUCAUCCUUCUCACUUUUUUAAUGCUGGUCAUUUUUCUCCAUUAAAUCAAAAUAAUAUAAAUAAUACUCCAACUAAUAACAAUGUAAAAAAUUCUAAUAGUGUAGAAGAAAAAGAAUCAAAAGAAGAAAAACAAAAUGAAAACAAAAAAAUUACAAAAAGCACAUAUAAUAUUAAACUAGAAAAAUUUGAUGUCAAAAAUAAAAUUAAUACAAUUAAGGAAAUUAGAAAAUUAACAAAUGUUGGUUUGAAAGAAGCAAAAGAUAUGGUAGAAAGUGCUCCAUUUUAUAUACAGAAAAAUGUACCUGUAGAAAAAGCUGAUGAAAUAAAAAAGAAAUUUGAGGAAUUGGGUGCAACAAUAAUUUUAGAAUAA